CUCACACUUAAUGCUUAAUAGUCUUCCCAAACUUUAAACUUAAAUGCUUGCUGUCUUAACCUCUCAUGGGGUCGUAUAGGUCUUUCAUCUGAGGAUUGUGUUUUGAUAUGAAAAGGUCAUUAGGUAGAAGUUUAGAAGAAGGAGCCCAGCCAGGCAUGGAUCUGAAUCAGUCAAUUGAGUUCAACUCUUCUUCAGCCACAUCUCCACCGGUGCACAACUUCAUGCCAAUGUCUUCUUUCAUGCUUCCUCACCAUCGCCCAGUUGAGGAGGAAUGUCAGAAGGCUUGGAAUUCUCGUUCUAUGCAAGGAGAGAAGCACAACUUGCAGAUGUUUUGGAAUCAACAGUUGUUGGAUAUUCAAAAUAUUUCAACGUUUAAGAAUAAUCACCAAUUGCCCCUUGCAAGGAUCAAAAGGAUCAUGAAGUCUGGUGGAGAAGUGAAGAUGAUCAGCGGAGACACUCCAGUGCUGUUCGCAAAGGCAUGUGAGCUCUUCAUUUCGGAGCUGACUCUGCGCUCAUGGCUUCAAACUGAAGGCUGUAAGCGGCGAACGUUGCAGCGCUGUGACAUUGCCAGAGCCAUAAAGCAUGAUCCCAUCCUUCAAAAGUUCUUGCUUGAUUCUAUUCCUUAUGACCACUGCAAGGCUGAUGAGAUUGAAAAAUGUGAUGAAGAAGUUGAGCCUCUUCCUCCAGUUGAAGGUCCAUUGCCUAUGAUAGAUAUUAAUGAGGAUUUUGUCUUGACAAACCAUGAAACUCCUGAGGAAAGCAUGAUGAGGCCAUCAUUGUCUUCUUCUGCUGAAUUCAAUUAUGAAACUGGUCCUAAGUGAACAAGUAGUAGAAACUAUUGAUGGAAGAGGCCAGUUGGGUACAACUAUAACCUCAUCUUGAAAUUUUAUUAAAUAAGGAGAUAAAUAAAUUAUUUGGGUAUGAGAUAUGAAGUAUAACUUUUUCUCAUAACAAUUAAUUUUGUGGGAAACCACACUGGUGCUUUAUUUUCUGAGAAUUAUAUUAUUAUGAGGGUUGAUGGGCCUUUCUUUUUA